UCGCAUUUUUGCACGUUAGUAUAAUUUGUAUAAAUAUAACGGCAAUUUGAUACAGCGAACAGUAAGCAGCUGCAUUGCAAACUAAAGCCAUCACUAAACCACAACAUGCGUGCUUUUAUCAUUUUGUGCUCCGUCGUUUCCGCUGCCUAUGCGGCCAGUUUGGGUUACAACUAUGAGAGCAACGGACCAGCACUCGGUGCAGGUUUGGGCGGUGGUCAAAUUGGUGGCCCCAGCUAUGGUGGUCAGGGACUCGCCGGUCAAAGCUACGGUGGUCAGGGACUCGCCGGUCCAAGCUACGGUGGUCAGGGACUCGCUGGUCCGAGCUACGGUGGUCAAGGACUGGCUGGUCCUAGUUAUGGUGGUCAAGCUUUAGGCGGUCCUAGUUAUGGUGGUCCAGCUGCCGCAGGCCCCAGCUACGGUGGUCCAGUUGCUGCCGGUCCAAGCUACAGUGCACCUGCUGCUCCUGAAUUCAACAAGGAAUUCUUCACAUACACUGCACCCGAACAUGAAUUCAACGAUGCUGGUGAUGCUGGUCAACUCGGAAACUCAUUGAAGAAGAACUUGCGUGUGAUCUUCAUUAAGGGACCUGAAAACUCUGGACUUGAGAACGCCGCCCUUCAAUUGGCCAAAUCUGCUGGUAAUGAACGUACUGCUAUCUAUGUGCUCAACAAGCAAGCUGACAUUGGUGAUUUGGCUAACAAAUUGCAAUCGCUCAACCACCAAAGCGCUCCCAAACCCGAGGUACACUUCGUCAAGUACCGCACUCCAGCUGAUGCUGAGAACGCCAAGCAAGCUAUCCAGGCUCAAUAUGACGGUUUGGGCGGUAACACAAGCAGUCACAAUGGCGGUGUUGCUCCUGUGUUGGACUUCGCCUCGAAACCAGUCGCCCCAGCUGCACCCGCUGCUCCACAGUACGGUGCCGGUCCAGUCGGCAGCGUUGAGAACACCUACUUGCCACCAAACAAGGUCUAAAUGGGUGGACUUCCUGUUAAGUGAGUCACACGCUUCCUGUUACUCAUUAGUUGUUGUUGAAUAUUAAUAAGAAUUCAAUGUUCCUGAUUAAUUUCAUAUAUUUAAG